UGUGUGCAGUGGGUGGACGACGCUAAGCUGAACCAGCUGAGACGCGAGGGGAUCCGCUACGCCCGUAUCCAGCUGUAUGACAACGACAUCUACUACAUCCCUCGUAGUGUGGUCCAUCAGUUCAAGACUGUCUCUGCUGUCUGCAGCCUGGCAUGGCACAUCCGCUUAAAACAAUACCACCGAGAGCCUCCAGGCGAGGAGGAGAGGAAGGUGGACGUGUCGACGCUACGAGUCAAACAGGAGGAGUUUGGGGAUGCCUUGAUGGGAGGGACCACAGCUCCUCUCACGGACCCCAAACCCCCCAAAGACAGAGACACUGCCCACCCGGAGGUCAAAGUGGAAUCUCAACCUGCGGAUAUAAGGCUGCCCAAGCCCUCUGUCACCUCACCCAUCGCCCCCCUACCAGCUCCCAUCACCCCCCUAACUCCCUCCAAAUCAUCUUUGCAGGACACCAAGCCCAAAUCACAUCACCAUCAUCCCCACUACUACCACCACCAUCAUCAUCAUCAUCAUCAUCACUCAGAAUCACAUCAAACCACUACCACACACUCUUCCUUGUCUUCCUCACUCAAACCCUCCCCCACCUCCACCACCCCAUCCUCUCCCAAACCCAGUCCGUCAUCCUCUCGUACCCCCUCUCCCAAAUCUAGCCCCACUUCUACACACUCUCCCUCCUUCAAACCCAGCCCGGCUUCCACUCGUACCCCCAGUCCCUCUCUCUCACGCAAACCCUGCCACACCCCUACCCACACCCCUAUCCCUACCCACACCCUUACCCACACCCCUACCCCUAUCCCUACCCACACCCUUACCCACACCCCUACCCCUAUCCCUACCCACACCCCUACCCCUAUCCCUACCCACACCCUUACCCACACCCCUACCCCUAUCCCUACCCACACCCUUACCCACACCCCUAUCCCUACCCACACCCCUAUCCCUACCCACACCCUUACCCACACCCCUAUCCCCUUUUUGACGCCCUCCCCUGCACCCCUUCUAUCUUCUUCAAGCCUGGCCUCCAGCCACACAGAGAGCAGGACCCCUACGCCCCAGUUCCGGCCCCAACCCCAGCCCAGACCGGACAAAGCCAAGGACAAAGCCACUUCUCUUUACCCAAAGGCCCCAGUCACCCCCCCGGAAACACGGCCUCCUGGCCCCCCACACCCCUCCUCCCUCUCCUUUAAACACCACCUGCAUGAGCAGCAGCAGAAAGACUGUUUCUACUGA